GUCACGUGGGACCCACCCUCUUGCAGCUCAUUGGCCUGAGGCGGGCCUCACCGGCCAGAGCGCAGAAACCAGGGCCUGGGACCGCCCCAAACCACCCCAAAAAUCUCAUCCUCAGAUGGCUGGCGGUUUUUCGAAUUUCUUCCCCUCCCCUUCUCCAUCAACGAACAUCUUCACGGGACUGGCUUAUGACGGGAUAAUACCCUAGGACAGCCCAUCAUGCAGAUCUUCGUGAAGACCCUCACGGGCAAGACUAUCACCCUUGAGGUGGAGUCUUCCGACACCAUCGACAAUGUCAAGUCCAAGAUCCAGGACAAGGAGGGCAUCCCCCCAGACCAGCAGCGUCUGAUCUUCGCCGGCAAGCAGCUCGAGGACGGCCGCACCCUCUCCGACUACAACAUCCAGAAGGAGUCCACCCUCCACCUGGUGCUGCGCCUGCGUGGUGGUGGCAAGAAGAGGAAGAAGAAGGUCUACACCACCCCCAAGAAGAUCAAGCACAAGCGCAAGAAGACCAAGCUGGCCGUCCUCAAGUACUACAAGGUCGACAGCGACGGCAAGAUCGAGCGUCUCCGCCGCGAGUGCCCCGCUGAGUCUUGCGGUGCCGGUGUCUUCAUGGCCGCCCACAAGGACCGUCAAUACUGCGGUCGCUGCCACCUCACCUACGUCUUCGAGAAGUCCUCAUAAACGGUUUCCUUCGGUUUCAUGGACGGACAAAACGGAGCAACGGGGUCAAUAGUUUCAGGGACGGGGAAAAGCUUGCACUUUUGCGCAUCCAUGGGCUUCUGAUGCUGGUACGGGGCAUCAUGGGUGUGGUCACAGAUUCAUCUAGUACUUGUCAACUGCCGCCUCUGGCACACGAAGGCAUGCAGACCUACUCUUGGCUGGUGGAUGGGAAAUAUACCGAAAUGAAGGUCACGAUCACAACAUAAAAUUCUUGCCCUGUCUUGACACGUGAUGUUCUUGUGCUUCAACAAUUCCGUAGCCAGCUGCCAACAGGCUCCUGAACUUGGAUCGCUGGCAACCACAACUCUUUACUAAUUGGUACCACCUCACCGGCCUCCUGCUCCUUCGGGGUCUUGCAACACGCCAGAGCCACAGAAGGACCAUCGCCGAUUUUGAGCCUGGUCCAACCCCACUCAACCUAUUCACAGUGUGGUCGCCAUUAACUUCAGCAUCGUAUGUCCAUUGAGCAUCCAACCCCCGGUAACACACAGUGUGCAUGGCAUUCAGACGUCUGGAUGCCGCCCCGAAAAGGCCUGUCGCGGCUCGGGACAACAGGAUGGUGCGUGCACAAUUCGAGAAAGGCUGGCUGGAUUGU